CCUGACAGCCUCAGGACUACACAGGAAGAGGGUUCGCGACAAUAUGGCUGCCGCCUGCUAGUUUUCACCAGAUAUCAACCGUUUAGAUAGGUUGUUAUUAAGCGAACCACCGGUUUAGUUUGUAAAAAAAAAAAAAGGGUUGCUUGUUAUUCUAGUACGACAUGGCUCAGUGUGUUCUCUCCGUACACGAAUUCAUUCAGGAUUCGUUUGUCCCCAUGAUAGCCGUGUUAUGUAGCGGUGAAGCGGAAAGAGUCACUCGAAAGAACAACCUAAAUUUUGUAGAGCUGUUGAGGCCAUUCUGUCGAUUGACAUCCGAAGGUCACAUCCGGGAUCCAAACAACCAGCUCCAGACUGUGAAGAACUUACGGAUCUGUGUCAGCAAUGUGGUGACCAGUCCCAGUCCAUCUGCUUCCCUCGGAGCCUCCCAGAACCGUCUUCUCAGUGAAGUGGUGUUUUCCUGUCAGCCACAGGAGGCUGCACAGACCACCGCUAUGAGGACAGGAGACUAUCAUUUAAAUUUAAAUGUUACGACACCCUGGUUUGAAGCCUACAGGGAAAACUUCCUGCAGUCCAUGCCUGCCUCUGACCAUGAGUUCCUGAAUCACUACCUGGCGUGCUUGCUGGUGGUGUCAUCCACUGAGGCUGUUCCAGUGGAGCAGUUCCUCAAGCUUUCCCAGGAGCAGCACAAGAUUCAGCACAGUGGAGAAUACACUAACCCAAAGUGGUUUAUCCCCAACACACUCAAGUAUUAUGUGUUGCUGCAUGACAUGAACGAGGGAGAUGAACAAAGGUAAUAUUUAAUUACAGCUGACACAGAAAGAGUUUGGUA